CUAACGUGUUCUCGCGGCGCCGAUGUUGUGUGCGAGUGUCGAGUCGUGGCCAAUGUUGUGAAACACCUUCUGUCCACGGACGGGCUGACUUUGCCGCCGAUCGCAGGGCGGUUGAACCACUCUCUGCUUGAACCCCCCCACUUCAGACCUGGGGGUUUCACGAAUGUGCAGUCAGCAGUCAGCAGUCAGGAGGCAGGAGGAGAGGAGGGGACUUAUAACCAGCGGGCGAGCCAUCUACCACACACACCACCCACCACCCACCUCUGGCGUGUACGCGGCUCACAGUCACGCGUGUUGAGGAUUGGUGAAGAAGAAAUUGAUUAGGCCUACAGUAAAGCAGCAUUUACUUACUUUUCCUACACAACGACGGCUUGGCUCGUAGUUGGAGACUCAACGUUUGUGAAGUGUUCCUCCCAUCACGUGUCUAGGCCUAGAACAAAGAGGAAUCCGCCUUCAUUUUAGUAGUUGUUGGUAAAAGUAGUUUUCUUUUUUCAUUCUUUUCAUUUUAAACAUUUUUAUUUUCAGAGGGAUUCUUGAUACAAUUCCCAGGCUGCUGAUUCUGAAUCAAAAUGUGAAUGAAGUUCGAAUAUUGAGUUGCGAAGUUGUGUGAGGUGCUACAAUUAGGGUGACCAAUUUGACGAGUUUGUGUGUGUGGUGAGUUCAAUUCCAACAGUUUGCUGUUCAAUUUUUUUCACUGAACUUUGGUGUCAGCACAAUGGGAAACGCCAAAUCACGCGAUGGAUAUGAGCAGUUUCAGGAUACCCAAGAGGGUACACCUAGGAAAACUUAUGACAGCCCGUCGUUCAGCGGUGGGUCUAUGUCCAUGCUGGAGGUGUCCCAAGACGUGCAGGAGGUGGCGCCCAGCAAAGGUGCGGCCCCGGAGAAGCAAGAGAACGGCAGCUCACCCAGCAAAGGGAUGAACACGGCAGCGUCUACGUACUUCAACGAGAGGAUUGCCAUACCUGAAGUGGAUGAUUAUAGCUGCUUCAGCUUCCGCAAGCUAUGGGCGUUCACAGGUCCAGGAUUCCUCAUGAGCAUCGCCUACCUUGACCCAGGGAACAUCGAGUCUGACCUCCAGUCGGGAGCUACUGCCAAAUUCAAGCUACUAUGGGUCCUCAUGUCGUCCACCAUCCUGGGAUUGCUGAUGCAGAGGCUGUCAGCGCGUCUGGGCGUUGUCACGGGCAACCAUCUGGCGGAAGUGUGCUUCAAGCAGUACCGGAAGGCGCCGCGGCUCCUGCUAUGGCUUAUGGUGGAGAUCGCCAUCAUUGGCUCAGACAUGCAGGAAGUCAUCGGCACGGCUAUAGCCUUCUAUUUGCUCUCUGACGGAAAGAUACCGCUGUAUGCAGGAGUCAUCAUCACUGUGGCCGACACCUUCACUUUCCUGUUGCUGGAUCGCUAUGGUCUCCGGAAACUGGAAGCUUUCUUUGCUUUCCUCAUCACAGUCAUGGCCAUUAUGUUUGGAUAUGAGUACGUGGUGGUGGCCCCGAACCAGGCAGAGGUCGUGAAAGGACUGUUCAUCCCGUACUGUGAGGGCUGUGGAUCUGAUGAACUCAUGCAGGCUGUGGGGAUCAUUGGUGCUGUGAUCAUGCCUCAUAACAUCUACCUGCACUCGGCAUUGGUAAAGUCUCGAGAAGUUGACCGCUCCAAGCGUGGGGAGAUUCGGGAAGCCAACAAAUACUUCUUCGUGGAGGCCAGCAUCGCCCUCUUCGUCUCCUUCAUCAUCAACGUGUUCGUCGUCUCGGUGUUCGCCGAGGGAUUCUACGGGAAAGAGGCCGGACAAGUUUUCAACAACUGCCUCGCCAAUAACAACCCGCACGCAUAUGUGUUCAACACUACUGGUGAACUCGAUGUUGAUAUUUAUAAAGGGGGAGUGUUCCUGGGUUGCCAGUUUGGCGCUGCCGCCAUGUACGUGUGGGCUGUUGGAAUCCUGGCAGCUGGACAAAGCUCUACGAUGACCGGAACCUACACCGGACAGUUUGUUAUGGAGGGUUUCCUCAACCUGACCUGGAAGCGAUGGCAGAGAGUCCUCCUCACCCGAACCAUCGCCAUCCUCCCCACUAUCUUCAUCACGAUCUUCUCCGGCAUCAACGAGUUGACCCUCAUGAACGAUCUCCUCAACGUCCUCAUGAGCCUUCAGCUGCCCUUUGCCCUGCUCCCCAUCUUGACCUUCACCUCGUCCAAAUCCCUCAUGGGGGAGUUCAAGAAUGGAAAAGUAAUGAAAAUACUGACUGGUGUCCUUGCUGUGGUUGUCAUUGGGAUCAACCUUUUCUUAGUGGUGGAUUCCAUGAAAAAGCUGCCACAGCACUGGGCAGUCUACCUCGCCAUUGCUGUUGCUGUGUUUCUAUAUCUGGCGUUUGUUGUUUAUCUGACCCUGUUCUGCAUGAUUGUGAUGGGCUUCAAUUCUAUAGCAAGACUACCAGCAGUCCGAAGAAUUGUCGGCCCCGCUUCUUGGAUGAUGGAGUCCGACGAGUCUCCCAUCUCUGUGGACAGCGCUGACGGCGUCAACAAGGACACCAAGUCUUAAGUGCCGGACUUGCUCAGUCUAAGGGAGAGCUCAGCAGUCUGCUACUUUGCUGGGCUCAUAUUUGGUGGAUUGAGUGAGGCGGACUUACGCUCUACGCAUUUACCAACUUUUCUUUACGUUUUAGAGAAGCACGUCUAUUCUGUAAUAGUAACUUAACGCGGGGAAACGGCAAGAUGGAGAGAUGUAUGAAGUGAGUGAUAGGAAAGAAAGAAGUGAGCGAUAGGAAAGAAAUAAGCUUUGCCUGGUUGAGCCCUCCAACCACCCAGUUAAUAGACCCCACGAUGAGUGCCAAUAGAGAAAUGCUACGCAAAGUCGAAUAAGGUAAAGCGUAAUUUCAGCUCACUAUUCACCAUUAGUAUGCCCCAGGUGUAGACAUUACUGAUGCUCUUCCCACUAUCUUUACUUUGUACAUAUUCAUGACAUGAAUGAACUCAUGUUUUCACUUUGGCAGCAGUUGAAUGGGGGAUAAGUGUGUUCACACUGCUGCUGGUCCGAUGCUGUGAUAACUGUUGGUUCAGUCAGUCUCUCGUGCCUGUGGCUGGGUGCUCAUACCAAACGCUACAGGGCGAAAACGGUAGAGCUCGCUCUUUAACUUUAAUGUAAAUUUCCCUGAACGGUUGUUACGUCAUUAUUCGCCCGACUUCUGGUUUAGUACAUGUAUGCAAGGGGUAAUCAUUCCAGGGGAAUAAUUGAACUUUUUGAGAACACGAUUUCUGGACAUUUUAACAAUGCCUGAAGACACUCUGCUUUUUGGGCACUCUAAACAAGAAGAACAACUAUAACAAUUAUCAUUUCUUUUUUUUCUUCUGAAUCUUCAAAAAGCAGCCAACAAUACGCGAACUAUGAAAUAUAUGCACAUAUUCGUUUUUGAUUUAUGUGUUCUCCUCUCGUUGCUUUACGGCAACACAGGAUGAAAAAGUAAUAGUAGAAGUAAAGAUUUGUGUGUUAUGGUUCGGAAAUGUGCCUCAUCAUUGGUUGUGAUCAUUUGCUAAUCGGACAUAGUGUGUCCGUUAUGUCCGUAAAGAGCUCACGUGUUCUAUUCGUUCCGUCCGGUAGCAUUUAGCGUGGACAUCCUGGAAGGCGGAGUUUGCUUUGUCAAACGAACAUUAUAAUCGGAGAGUUUUGAUUUUAAAGCAGCAGAAGUUUUGGAGUUGGAAAAAAAAUUCAGAGAUUAGAAUUUAAAGCAAUACGAUGUAUGGUCAUGACCGACUUGAUUUAGUUUUGCAUUGAUGACUCUUGCUGAGAAGGGAUACAUGUACUUCUAUGUAUUUGCAGUGCGCAAGAUCUUGUUUCUGAGCAAAAGAAGCAACAUAUGUGCGUCGACUCUUUCUGUCAUAAAUGAAUAGUGCUGACAUGGAACUAGUUUGGCUGUUGCCUUUUAAUGAAACGUCUUUAUUUGUUUUGUUGUUGCUUUCCAGCCAUGACAAACCUUACCACGCUGCUUUGAGUUAUUCAUCCAUACGGUCGUUUAAAAAGAUAAUUGGAUUCUUGAAAAAAAAAAAAAAACA